GACAGACGAAUCAUCAACAAGUCGCUUGAAAAAUAAGUGAAGAAUGAAGUUAGCACUUUUUGUUUUAGCUAUCAUGUUUUUCAUGGGAGUCGCUUUGGGACAAUGGGACAUGUCAAAUGAACUAUUACAAGAAGUGAAGACUUAUGGACCAUCAACAGAUUCAAUCGAAGAAUAUAACAAAACAAGAAUUUAAUCUUUUGUUUCCUUAGAAAGUAGAAAAACAUUUAAAACCUUACUCAAGUUUAAUUAUUCAAAAUUCUUAAUAUCGAUUCUAAAGCUAUCAUCAACACUCAUCAGAGAAAUUCCUUAUGCAUCAUCUAAAACUUCUAUAACAACGCAUUGUGAUGUGAGUUGAGAAAUUAUAUUAAUUUGAGAUGUUAAGAGCCUCUAGACGAAC